UUUUUUGUUAGGGGAAUAUUCAUAAAGUUAUAGGUUUCGAUGGCAAUGUAUUUUUAUAAAAUACUCCACAAUUGAGCCAUUGCUUUCUAAUUGCACUUUUUACAAAUGUGAGCAUCCUCUGUUCAGUAUGUUUAAAAGUGCGUGGUUAAAAGCAAACAGGAAUCUCCAAAACAGUUGAAGGGGGUUUAGUGUAUCUGAGUUGUUAGUGAGCUCUGGAUCACAAUAAUGUCAAGUGUGUGUUGGUGAGUUGUCACUUUGGUAUAUCCUUGAGCAAAACGUGUUAAUGUUAACUAUAAAACAGAGCGCUACACAGUCAGGACCAGCAGUGGUGUGUGAAUUGUCUAGGCGAAACUGCAAAGGUAAUCCAUUUUGCUUGAACAGCAUUGGGGAAAAAAAGUGGCAUGGCACCAUUGAUGAGACGAAAUGGCAAAACUUUGAUCAUGAAUCUGAACGCAGGCAACAGGGUGACUUUGUAGGUCUGAAGAACCUCGGUGCCACAUGUUAUGUCAACACUUUCCUCCAGCUGUGGUUUCACAACCCGAGCGUAAGGAGGGCCGUCUAUGAGUGGAGGGAUGCGCUUCUGCCACAGGAAUAUUACAAAGGAUGGAAGCCGGAUUCAAUCUGCGGCCACUUGCAAGUAAUUUUUGCUUUGCUUCAGUUCAGCAACAGAUGCUACGUUGACCCCUCCCCUUUGAUAGAGUGUAUUGGCCUGGACACAGGAGCACAACAGGAUGCGCAGGAGUUUUCCAAGCUGUUCCUGCAUGUCCUUGAGAGCGCUCUAUCUGGCGAUGUGCCAGGCUGUCAGAAUGUGAUCGAGCAGCAGUUCUGUGGACGUUACAGCUACGUCACCAAAUGUCAGAACUGUAAAAGCCAGUCAGAAACAGCUGCCACCUUCUACGAGCUUGACCUGAGCAUCAGAGGUCACUCCACACUGGCUGCCUCCAUCAAAGAUUUCUUGCAGGAGGAGAAGCUGGAGGGAGACAACCAGUACAUGUGCAGCUUGUGUGACAGCAAACAGAACGCCAGCCGCGCCAUCAAGCUUACCAAGCUGCCUCCCGUACUCAACCUGCAGCUUCUACGCUUCGUCUUUGAUAAGAACAAAGGACACAAGAAAAAGCUGAGCAGUUUCAUCCAGUUCCCAGAGACGCUGGACAUGUCCCCGUACAUGGGUGAUCAGGAGGGCGGCACUGUUCUCUACGAGCUCACGGCCGUGCUCAUACAUCGGGGACCCACUGCUUUCAGCGGCCACUACAUAGCACACAUCCGGGAGCCCGAGUCGGGAGCCUGGUACAAGUUCAACGACGAGGAGAUUGAGAAGAUGAAGAACAGGAAGCUGGAAUUGGGGAAGGAGGAUGACACUAUGAACUCUGAGAGCAGCAGCUCAGAGAAAGUGCCGAAGACCUCCAAGGGAAACCACUCCUCAAGGAAUGCUUACAUGUUGGUCUACAGGCGCAAACAGGAGGAUCAAGACGAUGCCAAAGCCCAUGAGUUUUCGUCAGCUCUGUUGCCAAAUGCUGUUCAAGGCUUUGUGAAGAACGACAACUUGGAGUUUGAGGAAUGGAUUAAUGAAAUGCUUCGCUCACAGGAUCAAAAUAUAAAUGAAGUGAGAGAAACCCACGCAGCCAUGAAGAUGUUGUAUGCAGCCUUGUCAGUGAAGUCUUUAGAUGAGCCAUUUGAGUGGGUGAGCACCGACUGGCUGACCAAGUGGCUGGCAGAUCCCAGCAAAGUGAGCAAGGUCGAAAACAAGAUCCCUCUCUGUCCCCACGGCAAACUGGUGGCCGACGAAGUGACCAAGCUCAAGUGUAUAUCAAGUGAAGGGGCAGAGUUACUGUUCACUAAGUAUCCUGUCAACAAGAGAUUCAAAGGAACCGAGACACUUUGUGAAAAGUGCAUUCGACAAAUCUGCAGAGAGAAACAGUUUGAGCGCUGUAUGGCGGACGACGACAAGUUGUUUAGCAGCACGAAAAACAUCAACUCUUGGAACUCCAGUGAAAAAUUCUACUGGGUGAGCACGAAGCAUCUACGUCGUUGGAAAAAGUUAGCACUUCAAGAAAUUUCUGUACAGGCCGAGUCUGUGAUAUCGUCUCCAGCAAACCCCACACUAACUCCGGCGUCUUUGAUACAAGACAACGGCGUCUCCAGCUCACACGUUGACAGACAUUCCUCCGACCCUAAAGCCGUCGGCUCGUCUGCCUCAUCGAACAACGUCUCUGACACUUCGCCCAAGUUUUGCUCAGUUUCUUCCUCCGGUUCUCACCCAACAUCGCCCGUCGCUAUGAACUCCUCAUCGUUAAAUCAAAACCACAACCAUCCUACUUCAUCACAUCAUAAUUCUGGUCAAGAAACGUCAGAAUUCAACUCCACUCGCAAACAAACUUCCUCUUCUUCACUCACGGCUGACACACAGGACUCCUCUAGACUUUGUGAAGCAGAUUCUCCCAUGGAUAUUACUAGCUCGGACAAAGUAUGUGAACUUCCACGGGGGAAAUCCACGACUCCUUACCACGGUGAGGGGAAUUCAGACAGCGUGGAUUCUGUGUCGGCCGUGGAUGAGAGUGAGGGCACGGGGGCGGCUGCAUCGGGUCAGAACCCAGAGUCGUGUGAAAGCCCCGACAGCGGCGUGAUCGUCUUCAAGAGGAACGCCGAAGAUUUCAACGACUCGGUCUCAGAGACGAGCGAAGACCGGUCAGCUCAAGGGAACUGGUCGGAUCAUGCGAUGGAUGCGGACCGGCCGAGCGUGUACGGGACCUACAUGGGAGAACUUUGUAACGGGAAGCUGUUGACCGGUGAGGAGAUCAGCGGCUCGUCCACGGAUGGACAGGCUGAGAGAGACGAUAACGGGCAGGAAGACGAUGAAAAGGAAGAAAAAUUCAAUGAUGACAUCCUAUGUGAACAUGGAAACUUGCGCAUUGACGAGAGUGGUCGGCGGGCGGUGCCACAGGUUGUGUGGGAUCGGCUGCGGCACUACUUCCCUCACCUUAAGCCCUUGCCGUACCUCUCGCCAGUCUGCGGAGACUGCAUGCACAACCAGGCCCUGCAGGAACAGCUACGGCGAUCUCGCAAGGAGGCGGGCCAGGGGCAGAAGGACGUGCUGCAGAACCUGUACCACGGGAAGAACCGGCCCAAGAUUGGGGAGGACUGGCUGGGCCGCUCCGCCUUCGUUGUUAGCUCCAACUUCGUGGAAGGCUGGAAAAAGUUCAUCAAGCACUGUAUGAAGAGCGAGUCUGUCCAGGAGAUCGUCAACGCCCCUCUGCUGUGUGAGCACAACCUGAUGUUAUAUAAGCUCGAGGACAUGAAUAACAUUGACACCGCUACCAGGUUUGUGCUGGUGUGGGACGAGGAGUGGGAGAAGCUGAUCCACUACUUCAGCUAUGACGUGGGGGUGCAGGUUUUGCAGCAAAGCGAAAGUGACGGGAGAAUCACGCUGAAAACCUACCCCAGUGUGUGCAGCUCGUGUCUGGCCGAGCGACUGCGCCAGGAGGAAGAGGGAAAGUUUAUCUUCACCAAACAGCCCAUCUACGUCCGCAAGAUUGUCGACGGGACCGGGCUGGAUGGCUCGGGCAGGGGGGAUGACUUGAUGGGCAACGGCAAGGGAUACAACUAUGACCCAGAGUUCAGUGCCCCUCCCAACCAGAAGCCGCCCAAAGGUCGCUGUUUCAGCCCGCCUCCGGAGAAGCAACCGCGCCUGGACAGCGGUGGACAGCGGAAAAGUUCUCGCCAUCGGAAAACUCGGGGAGAGAAGGAGGUGACCGUCUCCUCCACCAUGACCCUCAAGGAACUCAAGAUUUUACUCUUCAGUGUGUGUAGUGUCCCACCCUUUGAUCAGAACCUGUCAUUAGACGGGCGCAGUUUGAAAGACGAUGACGCAACCCUGCAAGACCUCAAGGUCUACCCUCAGUGUGUGAUUUUCCUCAAGGCUGAUGAGCCAACGGGUGAUAUUUCCUCUGCUGUGGAUGAUUUCCUGAGUGUGCCCACCGGUCCGGAGGAAGGAUUCAAGGGAACUAAUCUCCUGGGUAGAUGAGAAGAGACCCCCCAUAACAGUGUAUGUGCAUGCGUCGUCGUCGUUGACAAGAUUUGGAAAAUGAGUUGACGGUUCUCAUCUGCGAUAACUUUUGGGAAAAGCUGGCUAUUGUUACUGUUUGUGAAGACUGAAAGGACAGCAGAGUUGGAUUGUUACCCUAUGAAAAGCUAAAUUAUUGGAGAGUCUGCUAAAAGCACGGGAAAUGUUGUAUCUCAUUUCUCACUUGUUGGAGUAGAAUGUAGACUGAUGGUACUUUUGACUCAGAUCUCAAGUAGUUACUUUGUCGUAGUUUUAUGGGUAUUGCUAUGGAAAAAAAAAAUGUCUUGGGUUUGUUUUGGGAAAUGGAAGGAGCAGAGGGUAUGCCCAAGUUUAAAGGCUUGGGGCCAUACGGAGAAACCUCAGAGCAUAACUUUAGCAUUAGUACAAAAUUUGGAAUUGUCUUCUUUGCCAACAAAGUCAGCUGAAUGUUCUUCUGGCAGUGGCUCUCUCUAGAGUCAAGCACAGAACGUAAGCCAGUGAACAAAUCCAAGUCUGUCAUAGACCAAGAACUUGAUUAUUUUCUAUCGCAAACUUUUUGUAUUGUCCAUGGUUACCGAAUUCUGACGGGUAGCAGGGGACUUGUCUCUAAAAGUUGAUAUUCAGGCUUGGAUUUUACACUAAGCCUUAUAUAUAUGUAUGUAUGGUAUAUUCUUUAUCAGGGAUGGGGCUUUUCCAGAUAUUUUUUCCUCGGGCAUGGGGGUGUAGAAUCAAAUUUAAAGCAAAACAAACAAAAUUGGCUCUCCAUCAGUGCAAUAAAUUUUGUCUGGAAGUUCAUUCCUCCGUUUCUCAGAAAGACAGAAAGUUUUGCAGUGGAACGACAUUAACUUUCUCGCUUGCAGGUUCUCAGAAUUUGGUUGCUUAUAAAGCAUUUUUGUUCCACCUGAAAUGUCACUGACAAGUCUAUUGUCCUGAAGAUGUAUUCAUUUCCGAGAGGCUACUUGUUCCAUCUUUGUUGUUUUGAGAACAACUGAAAUGUGUUGGCAUCUGGUCUAGCGGUUAGGUUCUCGAACUCUCAACUCUAAGGUUGUGGGUUUGAGUGCUGUCAGGGGCUUGGAUGUUGUGUCCUUUGGAAAGGCCUUUUCCAGGAAUUUUCCUCCCUUCACCCAGAUAGGAAGGGCUACCCGACUAUAGACGGCAACAGAUCUUGUCUGUAUGUUAGUGUUGCAGAGCAUGUAAUCUGCAGCUUGCUCUGUAUGCUUCCUGGGAAGCCGAGAAUGAGUCAUGUUCUUGGAUCUGCUCGGGUAAUGAUAGUUGUAAAACGCAUAGAGCAUGCAGUAGAGCGUGGAUAUAUAUAUGCGUUACAUAAAUGUAAUUAUCAUUAAUAUUAUUGUUAUUAUUAUUUGUCGUACGGGUGUUCCCUCUGCACCAGCAUCUGGUGUAGUAGUUCAGCGCCUCGCUGUCGCAUGUGUGGGAAACCCGAAUUUGAUUCCCGAGUGGAGAGAAUUAUUAUUGAGUAUCUCUGUCUUUCUGCUGGGAUGUUUUUUAUCCCUCUCAGCCUGGGUUGGCCCUGAUAGGCAGGGUUGUAAACCCACCUCUUAAAUUAUCUAAACUAUGUCGAUAGAAGUGUAUAAAAGCACCAAAAUUUUUAUUUAUUUUCUUGGGGGGUUGGGGGUUUUUUGUUUGUUUGUUUUUUUUGGGGGGGGGGGGGGCAUUUUUGGGUGAGAGUAUGGUUGGGCGUAUCAGUAUCAGGAUCCAUAAAUCUGGCUGGGUUGUAGAAGGGUCAUAUCAAAUGUUGAAUUAACCCAAGAAAAUGCUCAUGGAUAAAGAAAAGAUAUUUUACGGGCAGGAGUACUUUGACAUAUAUAUAUAAUAUAUAUACUGGUAAUAUAAUUGUUUCUUGAGUGUUGCAUGGAUCUGCAUCUAACGUUUCUGUGCUUGCAGGUAAUCUUUCCCUUUCCGUGUAAUUUAUUACUCUCCCUGUUGGAAUGGGCAUUCUCUGAUGGUGCCUCAUGAAGUACAGGUUCCCAAAAACGUUUGCUGUUCUCCCCAAAAUGUGUUGACAAUUGUGUACAUGUACUGUAAGUCUCUUUGCUUAUUACAUAGAGCUAGCUGUGAGCAUUGCAAAUGUGUCGGAGUUUGUUUUUUUCCUUUCCCUCUUUUAUAGUUUUGUUUCAUAGCUACUCUAUUUGCCAAAUGUUUUCCUUUACAAUGCUAUGAAAUUGCAAUGAGUGUGUCUAUGCUAUUUAUAGAAAGUAAUGCUUUGUAAUAGUCUUUAUGUCAUAAAAAUGACCGGUCAAUAUCAUGCAAAAGCAUGGACUUGGUUUUUCACAAUGCCGAUUAAAUGACUUUUUUUUUCAAAA